CUAUUCCUCCCACUGACUACCAAUGAUGAGGCUCUAUUCCUCCACUGAUACCAAUGAUGAGGCUCUAAUUCCUCCCCACUGCACUAUUCCACCAAUGAUGGAGGCACUAUUCCUCCCACUGACACCAAUGAUUGGGCACAAUGAUGGGGCACUAUUCCUCCCAUGAUACACAAUGAUGAGGCACUAUUCUCUCCCACUGACACCAAUGACUGGGGCACUAUUCCACAAUGAUGAGGAUCAGUGGAUGCCACUGACACCAAUGAUGAGGCACUAUUCCUCCCACUGACACCCAAUGAUGAUGGGCACUAUUUCCCUCCCCACUAAUACCAAUGAUGGGAAACUAUCCCUUCCA